GCGCUCAUAGGGCACGGCCGCUGCCUGCCUGCUAAGGGAGCGCACAGCUGUAAGCUAUUGCCCCUCAUCCUGCGGGAUAACACGUUAGCCCUCCUGGGAUUCUGCAUCGCGGUACUCGAGCUCCCGGGAUGCAGGGAGCUCUUUUGGGCGGUCAGCACCUGUCUAAAGCACUGCUGCUUGGGGAAUGGAGCCUGCGCGGUGUAGGAGGGACUUGAUGGUAAGCGGCGAGAGUUGGGAUUUGUUCGAAUAACGGCCCCAAAUUCCCGGUGUUUCCCGUGCUCUGCAGGGGUGUGAGCCGCUGGUCUCCCUGGUUUCCCGGUGAUCUCUUGUCCCGUGGGGUGUAGGAGCAAUGCCUGGUGCCCCGCCGGGACCGUCCCUGCUCAGCCAACAGGAGGUGCCACGCGUGGACUUUCCGUGGUGUAGUUUCUUUCCCCCUGGGAGUUCGGACUGGAUAGAACUCGGCCUUUUCCCCGGGACUGCCACCAACACGGAAUUUUGGUCCUCCCCGCCGCCUGGAAAGAGCUCUCUGCGCCGCUGCCCAUGGAUGCCAUCCUGAACUGCAACCCGGAGGAGCUGGAGGAUUACUACAACUUGCUGGGAUGCGAUGAGCUAUCGACGGUUGAACAGAUUCUAGCCGAAUAUAAGAUUAAAGCCCUCGAAUGUCAUCCUGACAAGCAUCCUGGAAACCCCAAAGCAGUGGAGAAUUUCCAGAAGCUGCAGCAAGCCAAGGAGACUCUGACUAACGAAGAGAGCCGUGCGCGUUACGAUUUCUGGCGCCGGAGCAAAGUCUCCAUCCCGUUCCAGCAGUGGGAGGCCCUGAGCAGCUCCGUGAAAACGUCAAUGCACUGGGCUGUCCAAAGUAAGAAGGACCAAAUGCUGGAAGCUCCUGACUUUGGCAAUCCCAACAACAUGACCAAUGAGAUGUGGACCCAACAGACGGGAGAUGGAUUGCUGGAAGGGAGCAGGGAGCAGGAAGAUGUUGCAAGUCCUGAUGUGCAACCACAGUCUUCAAAGAACCCAGACUCCCCAAGAUUUUCAGAGGGGAAUUACUGGCACUUGCGUUUCCGCUGGUCCGGCGAUGCUCCGUCAGACCUUCUGAGGAAAUUCAGAAACUAUGAGAUCUGAAAUGAGAAACACACAGGAGCAUGAGAUCAGCUGUUCAACUGUUCAGUAUUUUUUUUUUUUUUGCCAGCAGUUAUAAGUUAUUUGUCUUCUGUAUUCUCUGAUUGUAGUGUGUUGUUCCAGCCAAUGUCUAAAUACUGGUUUAUCACACAUGCUGUGAGCGUUAUGGAUCGAGGUUUUUCUGUUCAGUAAGCAAAGCCUUUUCCAGUGUUAACAUUAAGUGAUUUUGUGAAGUUAUCAAACAUCUUAUAUAUUGUUUCUUGUAUUCUCAAAUAUUAUGUAGUGAUGAAUACUUCUCUCCAUAGUGUGAAGUUAUAAAAAACAUACUCUCAGUAGAGCCCUGGGCUCCAGGGUAUCCUACUUAGCAAGGAUCUUCUGAAAGCUUUAUGACAAUGGACUGUAAACAGAACUGUGCUUAUGUCUCAACUCUGCUCUGCUUCACAUCUCCAUUGCAUUGUACUCACUGCAGUGAUUUAUAAUGUACCCAUUACACACUUGUAGGAGAGUUGUGAUCUGAUGUUAUAGAUGAAAUAAGAAGGUUCUUGUUACCCAAGGUCUCUCUGACAGAUCAAGCACUCCUAAAAAUCACUCAUCUUCUACCUUACCAAGAACACUUUUUGCACCAGCUAUUUGUUUUGGAAGGCAGUUCCAGAACUUCUCCAGAUAGCAAUUUUUGUCUUAAGAUGUAUUGGUGGAAAACUGAAGCCCUGUGGAUGUGUGCCAGCAUUGUCCUAUGGCUUCACAGCACUUCCCCUCCCUGCUCAGGUGUGCUAGACAUGGUUUUAUCAGGCUUUUGUAUGGCGAGGAAUGAAAAAUCAGAAUAGUCAGCACUAACGUGUACAAAAUCUCACAUGAAAAGUUUUUGAUCCUUUGGGCACCUUUUCAAAUUCUACACUGUUGUUUAUUUAUUCUGUGUUUGUUUUCUUCUUUGCAAACUUUGCUAAUAUGUCAGCCUUUGACAUUGUGGUUUUGUGCAGGCAAAUGAUUCCAUCAGCAGCAAAUAAAACUUCAUGCAUACAGAAAA